AAGCUUCGUGAAGAAAUGAUGAUCAUGAAAAAGUAUAUUCUCUCCUGCAUCAGUGCCAUGUCUGCUAAACUUCUGCUCCUGCUGGAACACAGGCAGCAUUUUGUGGAGAGCUCUGACCGAUACUCCAUGCAGGAUUUAUUUGAUGCAGAGGAUGUUCUUCUUCCAGAACUAGUCAGUGUCCACAGCACAUGGGCUCGCCAUAUUAAAGUCGAUUGUCAGCUGUGUCAGGGACGAGGUUUCUGCUGUGAGCUCUGCGGUGACAGGGAGAUUUUGUUUCCCUUUGACAGUACAGCUGUUGUGUGUGCUAAGUGUUCCAAUGUUCUUCACAGACAUUGUUUUGCUAAGACUUCUGUCUGCCCUCGAUGUGAAAGACGAAACAAGAGGAAAACUAAACAGAGUGAUGGACUGGCUAAGAGCUAA